GUUGUUAAAACAUUUCCGGCAGACACAUGCACAUUUAAGGGGCAGUUGUCGCUAUCCAUGUCCAUAUACUGAUUGCCCAUGUUCGUUUGACACAUGGAGUAAACUUUUAAAUCACACAUACAAAACUCAUGCUAAACAGCUAACACCAAAGCCAGUAGAAUUACCUACAUUUAAGUGUCAUGUGUGCUCACGUAGAGACUUAACAGAAAAAGAUUUCUUCCAACAUAUUAAUGGACAUCUCAGGCAUAAUGAAACUGUACCAUGUAUGUUUCUAGGAUGCACAUUUAAAACUAACAUUUACAGUACAUUCAACACACACAAAAAUAGGAAACACAGACAACAUUCACUUAAAGACUUUAUAGCCAAUGUUGUCAGUACAAGUGGUGAGUUGGAUCAGUCACACAGUUCUGCAGUUGGUCCAACGGAGUCUGUCGAUAUAGACCAGGAAUAUGAAACACUAAGUUGUGGUGAUGCUUCAGAAAUACACCUUCCAAAUUUAAUCGAAGAAAAAAUUGCAUGCAUUUUAUUGAAGUUGGAAAAUAUUGUUCACAUUCCAAAGACAGUUAUUGAUGAAGUCCUUUCUGAACUUCACUACAUAUUAAGUACAUCAUCUUUGCCUGUCACUAGAGCUAUUGUUUCUGAUGUAUUACAGAGCCAUAAACUACAGGUUGAAGAUUCAGUAGUUGGUGAGCUUUCCACUGCUCUAUGCAAUUCUAGUCCAUUGGCCACAGCUAUUGCAAAGGAUGGCCCUCUUGCUACAGCAUAUAAACGUACACAGUACUAUACAUCUCAUUUUGGUGUUUUAGAGCCGGUUGAGUACAUACUAGAUGCCCAGAGGAAUAGGACAUUUCAAUAUAUCCCUCUGUUAAAGUCUUUGCAACAUUUGCUCUCUCAUAAAGGUGUCCUUGAACAUAUUGAAACGCAACAGCGGCUAUUGGCUGUUCCCCAAGAGUACAGAACUGUAAGAGACGAUUAAAAGGUGUUCCAUAAUGGCAGGUCGGGCGCUUCUGCGCAUCAUCUUUGCCGACCAGUCUGACUCUAGAAAACUGACCCUGGAUUCGGGAAUCCCAGCAACAGUUGAAGAACUGCACACAUUUGUCAAGACAUCUCUUCAAUUGAAAGAGGACUUCCGUCUGCAAUACAUGGAUGUUGACUUUAACGAGUUCAUGAAUCUUACAUCAGUGUCUGAAAUUCAGGAUAAAAGCACACUGAAAGUAAUUUACUCUCCUAUAUUGUCAAAUAUUGAGCCCUCCAUCACUUUGUACACAGUUGACUCAUUUGAUAAGACCUCAAUUACUGGAAGCUCAGAGCCUCUAAUCCCUGAAUCAUCAAUAGCCUCAUGCUGCAGUGAUGAUAUGGUGUAUACGUCAACCCCGCAUCCAUCCCCUGAAGCUCAGGCCUCACAAUUGUUAUCCUGGCCCACAGUUUUUUGUGGUUCCUAAGCUCACCUACGAGGCUGAAUUUGAGCUUCAUCUAAAGAAUGCAGAGUUUGAGACAACUGGUACAUACUUCCAGCCUGGCCUAAAGCUGAAAGGAGUCAUUCUUGAUGGCCUAGCCCAAGAAAUGAUCAAAUUCACAAAAUAUCCGAAAGACUAUCAGUGUGAAGAGGUAGCUGCAGCGUUGACGAGGGCCCACCCUUGUUUGGGGCAGCUAGGAUCCAAGACAGGAUUUGGGGGGUGGAAACAGUCUCUUAAGUACAAAAUGCAAAACUAUCGUACAAAGCUUGGCCGUCUUGGACAUCCUGAAAUCCUUGUGAACUCCUUAAAGCACAAGAAAACAGGCCAAGGCAAAGCUGCAGCAAACAUAAAAAAACCAAGAAAAGCUGAAGUAAACUACAUUCCUCUGCACCCAAAAGGCGAAACCACAGAAAGCUUGGAGAACGAGAGAAUUGCCUUAUUGUCAGAACUGAAAAAGCGUGACAAUGAAGUGGUGAUAAAAGCAAAAAUGGAAAAAACCUUCUCCCACAGACGCCUUGAGAUUGUGGAGCAAAGGCCUUUGAUAGGGGACUUCAAAUGCAGAUGGCCUGCUCUGUUUCAGCAGAGUGAAGUGAAUGCGGAGUUUUUGAGGAUCACAACAUCACCACUUCAAUCAAAGUUCAUGUGGCAGCUGGACCACUUCUCAGACAAGCUCUUGAAGAUCUUCAAGACCAAAGGAGGAGUGAAGGGGCACAAAAUCAAGGAAGCCCUUGCAAUAUCAGAUUCGUUUGAAAACAUCCACAUCAAGAGGGGGUGCAUCCUGCGAAGCAUCGCGAUCUACCUCAACGAGGAUCCAGACUCUUUUUUUAAGGAGUAUCAGGCCACUGCCUCUGAAGAUGCCAAGAGGGACAUGGCAAACACAGUCAUGGGCAUAUACACACUUCAAAGAGAUGUGGAUGGGCAGCCAGAGGACGUGGGAAUUGUCAUCGAAGGCAAUAUAGUCAUGGACAACUUGGGCAGCAUGAUUGUGGGGUUUGUCAUGCUAUUGGGACUUAUUUAUGCCCUGGAUUUGAGCUUUCCGGACAACCUCAAACACACCUUCGAGUUCAUGCAGAAGGUAGUGAUGAAUCUGGAUGGGCACAAGCUGAAUGGUAAAAUCGAAAGUCUGAAGAUCAAGUUGUUCGAUUGAAAUGUGAAAAAGAAGUGACUCAUGAGUUCAUUGUUGUCAUUUUAUUCACGAGUUUCCUAGUCAGAGCAGAUUGAGCCGUUAUAUCAAUCAUUUGUUCUGUGCUUUUCUGUAUUUGUUUCAACACACUGUAACACUAUUUCCAUAUGUUGGUGUUUGCAGUGCACUCUUUAUGUUAUGUGUUAUUGUCCUGUUAGAAGAGCAGUGCAUACCCCUGUUAUAUUGUAUUCAUUGUAUUUGGCAAAGGGAGAUUUGUAAGUUAAUUAUAGGAGUUCCAUUUCUCUGCCAUUUUAAAAAUGGUAUUAUCUUUCAGAAAUGUUUUUCAUCUUUCAGUGUGAAUUCAUUCAUUUUAAAAAGACUGUAUUGAAUGGAGGAUUGUUUUGAAUAAUGUGAAUUUAAAAAUAAAAAAAACUAAACCAUGUUUUCUAUCAUGUGUAACACAUUUUUAUUAAAUUAUAUUUAACCUCAUUAUUUCAUUUUCAAUUAAUUAAAUAGGAUUUAGGUGGACUAGCAUUAUUUAAAUUCAUAAAGGUAAUGUUAUCAUUUUACUUAAACUCUAUUUGAAAAAUUUGAGUUGGACUAACUCAUUUACAUUAUACUGCAUGGAUGCCAUUAGUUUGAGUUUGUGCCACAUAUAUUUAUUGGAUGGAAAACCUGCCAACAAUAAAAUUGAGUUAAUCCAAUGAGUUAUUUC